AUGAUUGUUUGGGAUUGCGAAACCUAUAGCGAAAAAGAAACGAAUAAAGCCAUUCCUUAUUCUUGCACGUUAAUUAAUUUAGAAAGUCGAAGAGAAAUUUUAGACAGAAUAAAACAUAACUUUCCAGAUUUAAAUCCCACUGAUAGUGUUCCAGAAGAAUUUUAUAAUAAAUUAAUGAAUAUAGUAGAAAUUUUUGUGGGUAAAGAUUGUAUCGAUCAAAUGUUACAACAUUUAGGAAAAAUAGAUAAAAAAAGAAUAACAUUAAUUUCUCAUAAUGAAAUAAAAAAUAAUUACGAUGAAAACGUAUGGAGAACUUGUAGAGAUGAUAAUGCGGUAACUCAAGUUUCACCUCUAAAACUAAAUCAACAUGAAAAAUCUAGUUUGGCAGCAUGGGGAAAUUCAUCUAAUCUACCGAUGAAUUUGAGAAAGAUCACCGAUAUUAAUAUUGCAAAAUACACCGAAGAUAAUUGGGAAUCUUUAAGACACAAAUGGGAACCUUAUGCUAAAAGAGAUACAUUAUGUCUCGGAGCUUGUUUGAUAAAAUAUAACAAAGUUAUGAAAGAAGUUGUAUUUCAGAAUAUUUCCAAUAAUCUAACGGCUCCUUCUUUAUCUUUCAAGGGUUGGUAUUAUUUAUAUCAUUACAAUAAAGAAAUGGUUGAAGAAGAAUGGUAUGAAAGUACUAGAAUGGUUCCGAAACACACCGAAAAAGAAAACGUAGAAAAAGUUUACUCACAUACACACCCUUUUAUAAGAUAUUUUAUCAGACAAUCCAUUAAAGGAGGAAGAGUUUCGGCAAAUCGAAAAUCAUUUGAAACGAAUAAAAUGGAUGAAAUUUGUAAUAUAUUAAAGGAAUUUAUUUCACAAAGUGAAACACCAAGUGAUAAUAUAAUUGAUUUAUUUAAAGAGUAUAGUAAAAGUAAAAAAGAUAAAACGGAAGUUAAUUCAAAACUUAAAAAAAUAAAAUGUACUAAACUAAUGGCCUUUGAUGCUAACAGUUUGUACACUUCCGCCAUGUCGGAUUUAUAA